AGUGUUUCUCAUUUAUAAUUAGUUGCAAUAGGGGUUUUGCCAAUCAUGUUUUAGGCUUUGCAGAAUAGGAGGUUGUUUACUUGAGUGACCUAGUGUUCACUUUGCUUACUUUCAUGUUUCUGUUCCUGAAUUUGGAUGAUCAAUUAUCUUUUCAGGAAUGCUUCAUUUCACUUUUUCGCCUUAUGCUUGAUAGUAUUUAAAUUUUAAUGAUGUUUGAUGGAAGAUAUUAGAUAUCUUUUCGCCAUGGAAAAUACUCCCUUCUUGCCUCGGCUUUUUACUGGUUUAGUGGGUGGUGGUGAGCAAGAAAACCUAAAAAAACGAAAAGCAAUUCCAACCAUAGUGUUCUGUUCGAUUUCACUUCGGUUUAAUUUAAUUCAGUUUUGUCACUGUUCAUUAGUUAGAAAGCCAUAGUUAUCCUAACUCAACUGAAUUUCAUUUUUUAUUUAAUUUAUAAUACAAAAAUAACUAUUUAUAUUUAAAUUAGUAAAAAAACUUUGAAUACUAUUGUGAUACCAUUCACACACUCUAGAGUUGAGACUCAGAAAAGUAGAGGGACUCUGGUAAAGAAGGAUGAGAGCUUAGUGUGUCAGGAUUUCUAGAGAGAGGAAAGAAGUUCUUAUACUAUGUUGCACCUUGGGGGUAUUUAUAGGUAAGUGAGGGUUCCUGGGUGGUCUCCUCUUAAGGUGAUCGCAUCUGUUAAUAGCGGAUGGCUUAACAGAGGAUCUAAUUGGAUGGUUAAGGAUGGACGGUCCCUCUUGUGGGUGGUAUGAGGCAUGCAGAUUGUUGGUCAUUGAGUGACUACGGAUGGUACAAGACGGAGGGUCGCUCACAAGUGUCUCCCCGGUUGGUUCUCAUGUUGCCACUUGUCCCAAUUGGGGUAGGGGUAUAACAACUAUAUAUAUUUAAAAAAGUUAAAAAAACUGAUGAACAAAACUGAUCAGAACCUCUGUGAACUUUGAUUCCUCUUGGCCAUCUUUGAUAUUCGAUUUCAGUCUGGUUUCUGAAAAACCAAAUUACUGCGUGGUAACCGCAAAUAUUUUUCAAAAUCAAUCUGAAGUGAGCCAUUACAACCCUUACUUUUUAGCUCUUUCCUGUGGACCAUGUGCAUCCUACAUGCUCCGGAAACGAGCGCUUUAUGGUGACAUGUCAAGGUAUACAUGUUGUGCUGGUUAUAUGCCAUGUAGUGGUAGGUGUGGAGAGAGUAAAUGUCCCGAGUUUUGCCUUUGCACUGAGGUUUUCCUCUGUUUUGGAAACUCUGUGGCCUCUACCCGAUUCCUCUUGCAAGAUGAAUUCAACAUUCAAACAACAAAAUGUGACAAUUGCAUCAUUGGUUUCAUGUUCUGCUUACAACAAAUUGCAUGCAUAUUCUCCCUAGUUGCAAUGAUUGUUGGAAGCGAUGAGAUUCAAGAGGCAUCACAAAUACUGAGUUGUUUGGCUGAUAUGGUUUACUGCACGGUCUGUGCAUGUAUGCAGACGCAACAUAAGGUUGAAAUGGACAAACGAGACGGCAAGUUUGGUCCACAACCAAUGGCAGUCCCCCCUGUUCAGCAGAUGUCUCGCAUUGAUCAACCAGUUCCUCCUGCAGCUGGCUAUCCACCAGCAGCAUAUGGACAGCCUUAUCCAGCUCAAGGUUACCCGCCCGCUGCAUACCCUCCUCCUCAGUACCCACCAUCUGGUUAUUCUAGGUAAAUAUUUAUCUGGGUUACUUGUUGGUUGCAAGCACUAGUGUGGGUUACUAAGACAUGGAUAGGGCUUUGAUUUGCAUGCUGCAAAUUACGUAGUGAUAUAUUUUUAAGCGUGAUUUGCUUUUCGUGUUGCUUAUUUGAACAGCUAAAGGUUUAAAAAGUAGAUAUACCAUGAACAUGUCUGCUCUCAAUAGUUUAUGCAAAUUUGUAAAAGUUAAGACAUUAGAUCGGAACCGUCUUAUUGAGGUGAUAUAAUCAACGGGCUGUGAUCCAAUUGCACAGCUUCUAA